CUAGUGCCCUCCCUCUUCCGCCGCUGCAGCAGUCGUUCCAGAAGUAGCUGUGACCUUCCGCCAAGUCUUCGCCACUUCGAGGAGGGGGAGGGGACCGGAGUAAUCUCCACGAUUUCAGGCGAGGUGGGCCUUGAUGACUAGAAAGCAAUACCCGUGAUUAUAAGUGGUGAACUCUAUAUUUUAAAAAAAAAAUGGAAGCUCAUACAUCUGUUGACAUGUUUGCAAAAGUCCUGGAGAAUCAGUUGCUUCAGACAACCAGUAUUGUGGAACAGCAGCUGGACACUGAGAUUCAAAAAUUGGAUCAGAUGGAUGAGGAUGAUUUGGAGCGCCUUAAAGAAAAGAGACUCGAAGCACUAAAGAAAGCACAACAGCAGAAACAAGAAUGGCUUUCAAAAGGACAUGGUGAAUAUAGAGAACUUCCUAGUGAGAGUGAGUUUUUUCAGGAAGUCAAGGAAAGUAAAAAAGUGGUUUGCCAUUUCUACAGAGAUUCCACAUUCAGAUGUAAAAUACUAGAUAAACAUUUGGUGAUAUUGGCCAAGAAGCAUUUGGAGACCAAAUUCCUGAAGCUAAAUGUGGAAAAAGCACCUUUCCUGUGCGAAAGACUUCAUAUCAAAGUUAUUCCCACCCUAGCUCUGGUGAAUGAUGGGAAAACAAAAGAUUAUAUCGUAGGUUUUACUGACCUAGGGAAUACUGAUGACUUUACCACAGAAACUUUAGAAUGGAGACUUGGUUGUUCUGAUAUUAUUAAUUACAGUGGAAAUUUGAUGGAACCACCAUUUCAAAGCCAAAAGAAAUUUGGAACCAACUUCACAAAGUUAGAAAAGAAAACCAUCCGGGGAAAGAUAUAUGAUUCUUCUGACUCUGAUGAUGACUAGAACUCUGCCAUAAAUCUUUGUAAAUCAUCUUUUGUUUCUGCGUAAUUCAAUUCUAGGAAUGUUUUCUAACACCUAUUAUUUUCAGUACAUUUGAACAUAUUGCUCAUUUUCUAUACAGUUUUAUACAACUGGAUCAUGGAAGACAUCUUAAAUAUUUCCUUUUUGGAGAUCAUUUUUGAGGUUGAAGAGACUAUCUAAGCACUUUUGGAUUUAAUAGUAGAAAGUGACUGAAUUUUUUGUUUCUAGGAUCAAGAUUUAUUCCCAAAUGAGUUUUCCGUAACCUACAUCUAAAUGUGUUUAUACCAUUCAUUUACUGAUUUCAAAAUAGCCUCAUGGGGAACAAGUCCAGGAGUAGCUUUUUAAACAGCAUUCUAUACUUUGUAGAGCCAUCCAUACAUACUCCAGGCAUUGACUAGUCAUCAUUGCACUCUUCAUUUAUGAAGACUCUUUCACUUCUGGGAUAUUCCAAAUCGGCUGUCUAAAAACUGCCUGUUUACCAAACCCUUAGCUCUGUGUGGGAAAAUUGAAUUUAACUGAUGACAAAGUCAGCCAUUCUAUACUAUGAAAAUAUUGCCUUAUUCAAAAGAUUAGAUUUUACAAUUUUAGCUUCCUUUUGUAUGUUUUGAGACAAAUAAAUUAAAAUGUGAUAAAGUUAUGUGGUAAUCAGCAUAUAGAAAAAAAUAAUUUGGCAAGAGCAGUUGUAUAGGAUUCCCCUCAAGUAAUAAAACCCUGGCACAGCCUCCUUCACCCCUUUCAUCCUUUAUCCCAGAACAUAUAGGACAGUGAAUGACUGUGCCAGGGGCAGUCUUGCAAUAUAGGAUAAGAUCAUACAUUUGAAGA